AUGAGUAAAGAAAACUAUGAAGCACAUAUUUUAAGAAAAGAAGAAGCUAGGCUAGAGAAAGAAGUAGAUGAAACGAGAAACGACUUUUUAACUGAUGCAAUGGACUUACAAGCCCUGUUGCUGUGUCCUAGGUCAAACGUGUCGACGCUGUACUAUAAAAUGAAACUUGCCACAAACAAUUUUACAAUCUACAACUUAGCCGAUUACAUGAAUGUUUGUAGACAAGCCAGGGAAAAUCCAGCUGAGUACAAUGUCGAAUAUUUAGGUCACACAUAUUUCAUGAAUUUUGAGGCUCAUAUAUUCUUUAAAAGCAUUAGACCAGGCAAAGUUGUUGGUAACCUAUGUGUUACAGCUUUGCAGUAUGUACCUGAUGGAACAAUUAAGUUCAAGUUCAAUGUUUCAGAUGAAUGA